CUAGAGCAAUCGCAAAAUCAAUCAGAGAUAUUAAGGGCGAAGAGCAAGCAGAUGAUGGACCGCCGAGAAAACGACCAAGAUUAGUCAGAGUUCUUGAUGGGGAACAGGUCUCUGAUAAUUCAAAAUCAAUGUCAUGGUUUGACCAAGCAGAAG